UUCACGUUCACUUGCAACAUUCUCCCCUCGAGUGCUUAAUGUUGUCCUAAAUGUUGCUCAUUAGGUGCAGCCUGUGCCUAUAAAAAAAGAAAAGCACAUUUCGUAGUGUUAAGGAGUGAACUGUACUGUUUGGGCUGUCACAAGCCGAGACAUGCCCGAUACCAGAUCGACUGAGCCUGGUUCCAGGGUUUCAGACCCACAGCAUUCGCAGAAACUGCUCAGGGUCCUCCGCACCUUCUGGCAGGAGCAAAGUUUUCACGAUGCACUGCUGGUGGUUGAUGGAGAGGAGCUUCCUGUCCAGAAAAACAUCCUGGCUGCUGCUAGCCCCUACAUCAGGACCAAGCUGAACUACAAUCCUCCAAAGGAAGAUGGGUCUACAUACAAAAUUGAGCUGCAAGGGGUUUCCAUGGCGAUCAUGAAACAGAUCCUGGACUACAUCUUCAGUGGUGAAAUCACUUUGAGUGAAGAGACCAUCCAGGACAUGGUACAGGCGUCUGACCUGCUCCUCAUGACCGACCUCAAGUCCCUGUGCUGUCAGUUCUUAGAGAGCUGCAUCACUGCAGAGAAUUGCAUCGGCAUCCGCCUCUUCUCUCUGCACUACUGCCUUUACCAUGUCCAUUACGCUGCUACCGAGUUCCUGCAGACACAUUUCCGUGAUGUGGCGAUCAGUGAGGAGUUCAGGGAGCUGCCCCGGGACCGGCUCUGUGAGGUGCUUGCCAUGGAAAAGCUGAACGUGGGCAAUGAAAAGCACGUGCUGGAGGCGGUGGUGCGAUGGUUCGCACAUGACCCAGAGGAUCGCAGGGUUCACAUGAAGGAAGUGAUGUCUGCUGUAUGGCUGCAGGGCCUGGACACGAGCUACCUGAGAGAGCAGGCCAUGGGGGAGCCACUGAUGAGGGAGGUGAUCAGAGAGUACUGCCAGCCCAUGCUGGGGGACAGUCAGUUGCAGGGUGAGGCUCUGCUUGCCGCCUUCAAACCCCGAGGUUACUCUGAGUGUAUUGUUAUUGCCGGAGGAGAGGAUCGCAAAAGCAGGAAGCCAACCGCUGUGACGCGCUGCAUGUGUCCGCUCUAUGACACCAACAGACAGGCCUGGAUCGACCUGCAGCCGAUGAGUCUUGCUCGCCUUGGCCACGGGGUGGUCGCUGCCGAGGGUUUUCUGUUUGUGAUGGGCGGAGCAGAUGAACUCAACACAGUCCUGGACAGUGGAGAGAAAUAUGACCCAGACUCCAACACCUGGAGCUCCAUACCCCCAAUGCUUCAGGCUCGUCAGAACUUUGGCGUGGUGGAGCUGGACGGUCUGAUCUUUGUUCUCGGAGGAGAGAACGAUGUGACGGAGCUGAUUACUAUGGAAGUGUUUGACCCUCACUUCAACACCUGGAAGAUGCAGACCAGUAUGACCAUGAUCCGCAAGGUUGGCUGCUAUGCCUCCAUGAAUAAGAAAAUCUAUGCCAUAGGGGGAGGAUCCUACGGGAAGCUGUUUGACUCUGUUGAAAGCUUUGACCCCAAAACCCAGCAGUGGACCGGCCUCUGUCCCCUGAAAGAGAGAAGGUUUGGAUCGGUGGCGUGCGGCGUCGGCCAGGAGCUCUACGUGUUUGGUGGAGUUAGAAGCCAAGAGCCAGACAACCCCGAGCAAAGGCAAAUGACGACCUGCAAAUCUGAGUUCUACCAUGACGAGAUGAGGAGGUGGAUGUUACUCGAUGACCAAAACCUGUGUAUCCAGACCAGCUCAUCCUUCGUAUACGGCGCUGUGCCCAUCGGAGCCAGCGUCUAUGUGGUGGGAGACCUGGACACAGGUACGAGCUUCGACUACAUCCGGGAGUUUCGCCGCAGCACUGGGACCUGGCAUCGCACCAAGCCCAUGUUAUCCAGCGACCUCUCCAAAACAGCCUGCGCCGCCCUGCGCUUCGCCAACUGUCGGCUGUUCCGCCUUCAGCUGAGCCAGGGCAUGUUCCGAAUCCGAGUCUGACCGUCUGCUGCACACUCCUCCACUUUUUGCACACUGGUACUUUAUGAACACUAAAGUAUUAUAAUCACUAGAUGUUGAGGAUGGUGAAAUGUCUGUUCAGGGGUUUAUACUCAAGACCCCUUUUCUGUGUGACUUGACAAAACAAAAGUUCAUCUAAACACAUUUUUUAAUUUUAUGGGUUUUAUUGCAAUUUUAUUAAUCUAAAUAUUUUUUUCUUUUUAAUGUGGGAUUGGAUCAUUUUUAAAAAAAGAUAUAUUUUAUGGACAUUCCUCAUUUGUAAUGUUUACUGGUGAAGUGUUGCUUGGUGAGGGAUUUAAACUGUAAACAACACUUACUUACUUACACUUACUGCCACAUUGAAACUUGAGGAAUUAUGAUGCUUAUUUUAGAGGAAACACUGUAACAGUGCUGCUGUGGUGCAGUCUGCAUUUUAGGAUUUAUUAUGUUGUUUGGUGUAUUGUUCUGGCCAAAUUUAAACGACAUAAACGUUUGUCCAGAUAUUUGCUGAAGCUACAUUCAGGAGAGACUCUUUCAGUGAUAUAUAGAGAGAUAGCAAGGGGACAUUUGCAGCAGGUAUAUACUAGAGUGCAAUGCAACCACAAGACAAGGCCCCUACACACUGGCUCUAGUAGAAUAUAGGUCACAAACAGUGUUAGACUGCACAAUCAAUGAGUGGUGAAUCUUAGUGCUACAAUGUUAAUAGAAAAAAAAAUUUGCAAAGAGUGAAACGUCGUCAACUCCCGUCAUCGAUCGGUUUUCUAGUUAUGAAAUGCAGCAAAACAAAAACACCAAGCUGUGGACAUAGUGUGAGCACAUUGGUGUCCAUUGCGUCUGCCAGUGUGUUCUGCACUAAUGUGUGUCAUAUUCUGAUUGGUUGAUUUGUAGACUCUGGCCUAUACUAGAAGUCGCAUUGGGAGAAUUUGCUCCUAACUUUCCAACUCUGUCAGAAUGUGUUUCAGCAGAUAAAACCACCAGAAACAACAUUUAUUUACUUUCUAAUGACAAAUCCCUCCGGCAGCAGUAGAAGCUAUGUCUGUCAGUUUUUAUAGAGCCAUAAAGUCCAUAGAGAGAGGAGGAGGUCAGGGAGGAUGAUUGGGUCAACAAAAUAUCUGACUUUAACAUGGGGGACUGUUGCUGUUUCCUACCAACAUUCAACGUUAGAUCGUUCCAACAUCAACCAAGGACUUAAUAUUUUAACCAUGACAAUGGAAGUCCCCUAUCUAUCCCCUAUAAACAGUGAGCUCCCUCUCAACCAAACCUUGAAGUGAUAGUUCAGGUUAUUUGACGUGAGGUUGUGUGAGGUAGUUAUCUAUAGUCAGUAGAUUCAGACCAGCACACUGCCAGUUUAGAGGAGCAGCAGGAGCAGCGGUACAGAAGCUGAGUGAUGAGCCUCUGUGGACGGGCUCAGCAGAAA